CACAACCCAUUUUCCUAUCUCAGCCUCUCAAAACAAUCACACACACACACGCACACACUCAGACACAAUGGCUAAGGAGUACCAGAAGAACUCCAUGUACAUAGCACAACCCAUGGAAUCCCUCGAGACUGGUCAUUCAAGCAAGAGUUUCGACGACGACGGUCGUGUCAAGAGAACUGGGACGAUGUUGACGGCGAGUGCGCACAUAAUAACGGCGGUGAUAGGGUCUGGAGUGCUGUCGCUGGCGUGGGCGAUAGCGCAGCUGGGGUGGGUGGCCGGCCCCGCCGUGCUCAUGGCCUUCUCCUUCAUCACAUACUUCACCUCCACGCUGCUCGCGGACUCCUACCGCUGCCCCGGCCCCGUCCACGGCACCAGAAACUACACUUACAUGGGAGUCGUCCGUUCUCACUUAGGAGGUUUGAAGGUUCAGUUAUGUGGACUGGCUCAGUACGGUAAUCUUGUUGGGGUCACAAUUGGAUACACAAUUACUGCCUCUAUCAGUAUGGUAGCUGUAAAGAGGUCGAAUUGUUUCCACAAGAACGGGCACGAUGUUAAGUGCUCGAUAUCGAACUACCCUUUCAUGGCCAUAUUUGCGGGAAUUCAGAUAAUACUGAGCCAAAUACCAAAUUUCCACAAAUUAUCGUGGCUCUCCAUCGUUGCAGCCGUCAUGUCUUUUGCUUACUCCUCCAUUGGCCUUGGCCUGUCUAUAGCCAAGGUUGCAGGUGGUGGACAUGUGAGGACAAGCCUAACUGGGACGACGGUGGGGGUGGACGUAACAGGAGCGGAUAAGGUGUGGAGAAGCUUUCAAGCCAUUGGUGAUAUAGCCUUCGCUUAUGCUUACUCAACUGUGCUCAUUGAGAUCCAGGACACAUUGAAGUCGCAGCCAGCGGAGAACAAGGUGAUGAAGAAAGCGUCUUUCGUGGGAGUCACGACCACCACCGUAUUCUAUGUCCUCUGCGGUUGCGUGGGCUACGCUGCGUUUGGGAACAAUGCGCCUGGCAAUUUCCUCACUGGAUUUGGAUUUUAUGAACCCUUCUGGUUGAUUGACUUUGCCAAUGUCUGCAUUGCUGUCCAUCUUAUUGGUGCUUACCAGGUGUUCGCCCAGCCGCUGUUCGGUUUCGUGGAGAACCACUACAGCCAGAAAUACCCAGAUAACAAAUUCAUCACCACCGAACACGCAGUAAACAUCCCACUACUAUGUGGAUCUUACAACAUCAACUUCUUCAGACUGGUGUGGAGAACAGCGUACGUGGUAGUAACAGCUCUUAUCGCCAUGAUCUUCCCAUUUUUCAACGACUUCUUGGGCCUCAUCGGGGCAGCCUCCUUCUACCCUUUAACAGUCUACUUCCCCAUUGAAAUGCACAUCGCGCAGAACAAAAUACCAAAGUAUUCCUUCAGCUGGAUGUGGCUCAAAAUACUGAGCUGGGCUUGCCUCGUCGUGUCGGUCGUCGCGGCUGCCGGAUCCAUUCAGGGCCUUGCGGAGGAUGUCAAGACCUACAAGCCUUUCAAGACUCAAUAGUUAGCUAUAACUUACGUUGUGUUGUUCGGUUUGGUUCGUGCAUGCAUGCAUGGCGGGGGAGGAAUAAUGUGUUGUAACAUGUUUGUAAGAAUUCAGGAGGAUUUUGAUAAUUCGGACUGCAUGUGUGUUGUUUUUUGCUUAGGUUUUGUCGCUUUGCACUCGUUAUAUAUGAAUGGAGAAAGAGUGGUUGGUUAUGGAAA